AUGAGCUUCCUUGGGUUUCAUGGACGAGUUGUUAUAGUCACUGGAGCAGGUCGUGGUAUUGGAUACUGUUAUGCCAAGGAAUUUGCGAAACGUGGAGCAACAGUUAUAGAUAUACAUAUCACUUCUGCGGUAGACGCGCCUUUUUUGGUUAUUCUUCAGGUGGCGAACGAAAUCCGUGAAAGCGGGGGAAAAGCAGUUGCUAAUUUUGAUAACGUUGAGGAUGGCAAACGUAUAAUUCAGAAGGUGGUUUCUGAAUUUGGCAAAGUUGACGUUGUAGUUAACAACGCUGGUUUUCUGCGUGACAAGUCGUUUAAAAAUAUGUCGGAGCAAGAAUGGGAGGCCGUCUAUACGGUACAUUUGAAAAGUGCUUACAAAUUAUCUAAAGCAGUCUGGCCGCACUUCAUCACCCGGAAAUUUGGUAGAUUAAUUUUUGUUUCUUCUAAUUCGGGCAUUUACGGGAACUUUGGGCAAGCCAAUUAUGCAGCUGCAAAAUGUGGCUUGCUUGGAUUUUCAAAGACGUUAUCUGCAGAAGGAGCAAAGUAUAAUAUUAAUUCUAACGUAAUUGUCCCAACAGCAGUUUCACGUAUGACGAAAGAUGUUUUCCCUGAACGCUACUUAAGCUACAUGAAUCCAGAGUUGGUUGCGCCAAUGGUCGUGUACUUGGCCCACGAAAAUUGCCGGGAAACAGGAAAAAUAUAUGAGGCAGCAGGAGGUUGGUUUGGACAAGGUGCGUUUUUUGUUACGCCAGAAUUCACGACAUUACUGUCACUUACUCGCUGCUGCUUUAUGGAAACUUUUCAGUUCUUUCGUUCAAAAGGCAAAUUCUUGCGUGGUGCGACAGCAGAAGAUGGUAGGUGUUUUAACUUAUAA